AUGAUGGAGGAAAUCGAUCGCUUUCAAGUCCCUACAGCUCGUUCAGAAAUACAACCUCUGGACCCCACAGCCACUUCUGUCUCUGAAGUUGAGUGUGACAACCGAGAGGGUGAGACUGUAGCGAUGAAUUAUAAGCCAUCCCCAUUACAGAUGAAAAUCGAGAAACAGCGGGAGCUGGCCAGGAAGGGGUCUCUGAAGAAUGGCAAUGUUGGAAGCCCUGUCAAUCAGCAGCCGAAAAAGAACAAUGUGAUGGCGAGAACAAGGCUGGUUGUUCCGAACAAAGGAUAUUCUUCGCUAGAUCAGAGCCCAGAUGAAAAACCUUUGGUUGCCCUGGAUACAGACAGUGAUGAUGACUUUGACAUGUCUAGAUACUCUUCAUCAGGCUAUUCCUCAGCUGAGCAGAUUAAUCAAGACUUGAAUAUCCAGCUGCUGAAGGACGGCUACAGGUUAGACGAAAUCCCAGACGAUGAAGACUUGGAUCUUAUUCCUCCCAAAUCCGUGAACCCCACCUGCAUGUGUUGCCAGGCAACCUCCACUGCUUGCAAUGUCCAAUAAUGCGCUUUCCACUGUAAUUGUGUAAAACUAACAACCAUUGCUUCCUCCUAUGGUAGGACAUGCACUUUGUGUCCAUGUUUAAAACAAAAAGACAAAAAAGCAGACCAUCAUUGUGGCAUUCAGAAGUGGAUGUGAAUACAGCGUUGAGAUGUUUGUGUGAGAGAUUGUGACUAUGAAUCCCACUGCUCAGCAGACGAUCUACUGUGUAAUUCUGACUUUUCCUUUCCCCUCAAAUCUGCUGGAGGGUGGGGGGAGAGAAGAGAAAAAAUAUUGUAGUAGGUAUGAACCGCAGCUUUGUCGUGAACUGGAAACUGGAAAUCAAUUCCCCAAAAGUUUUUUGUUGUGUCUCCUACAAUUUCACUAUUUUUGUUGAAUUCAAGUUAAAGGGUGCUCCUGUUUCUCAAUAAGCAGUACCAGCUUGCCAUAAGUACUCAACUCAAGCCAACAAUGGACAACAUCAAUAGCCUAAAAAGGUUCAGUGAGAUCACUUUAGCUUAGACUCAAUCCCGUUAUGUCAAACUCAUUUAUGUCAUGUAUUCCGUUAAAAUUUAGUAAUAUUAGGAUAAAUAAACAUAAUGCCCCCCCAAACCCUACUGCAAACAAAACUGAAGUACCCUUUAUCAUGGUAGCCAGGUACUUAUGAACUGUGAGUUACUUAUUGCACCAAUAUCAGGUCUUUUGCUUAUUUUGUUUGAAGGUAAUCUUGAAUGUAUUCAGUUUGUUGUGAAAAGGGAAAAAUCCAUUUCUUUAUCAAAACAUUUUAUUUUUGCACUAUUAGCGUUGGUAGUUAUGUAAUUUCACAAAUCUUGGAAUGAAUGUAUAAUUUUAUUUCAGGUUGUUUUGAGGGAGGUGAAGUACUGUGGUGAGGUUUUAUUUGUAUUUUGGGGGGAAUGGAUUGUAUGUGAUGAGGGUGGGCAAUUCUGCUUCAGUUAAAGGGAUUUUACAAAUUGUUACAGCAAAAUCUGACAGAAUAAGGAAACUGUGUGAAGAGUUUACUUGCAAAUAUUAGAAGUGGGUAGAGAUGGAUAGAAGUAUGCGAUAUAUCAAGUUGAAGAAAUUUUGUUGAGAAAUGUUUGGAAUAUACUGUACUCAGAAAUUGAUGGCAAACAAUUACAGUGACUGCUUAUGGUUGUGAAAUUAUGGUAGAAAAUAUUAAUUACUCUUUAGGAACCUUUACUCAAACUGCCCUUUGAGGUGUAUGUUGUGGACAACAGCAAAAACAAUGGACAUCACAGCUACUAUACAUUUCAAGAAAGGCUUCAUUUUAAUUUCUACCUUUUAUAUAUUUUUAGAUCGUAAAAUCAGAACCUUAAAGUUUGGCCAAGUUUUAUUUUUUGAUGAUUAUAAAAUGUGCCAGUUGAGUAAAACUGUGAGGUCUGUCUUCCCUGCCCUCCUGCUGUGACCAUGCAGUUCUUUUCCAGCUGUGGGAUAGACAGAGGAGAUUCAGGAGGUCCUACAACUUAAUGGACUUUGUCAGUGUCACUCCAUAUUCUCAUGGAGUCCCGUAGUGUAGUAAUUCACGCUCAUCUUG